AUGCCUGCAGACAUCAGCCUGUGGUCCGGGGCGCUGAACCUACAAGACGUGGACGAGCAGCCCCAGCACCUACUGCGGGUCACCUACGCCGGGGCGGAGGUGGGUGAGCUCGGCCAAGUGCUGACGCCCACCCAGGUUAAGAACAGACCCAGCAGCAUUUCCUGGGAUGGCCUUGAUGCAGGGAAACUCUACACCUUGAUCCUCACAGACCCGGAUGCUCCCAGUAGGAAGGAGCCGGUGCAGAGGGAAUGGCACCACUUUCUGGUGGUCAACAUGAAAGGCAACGACAUCGGCAGUGGGAAGGUCCUCUCGGAUUACGUGGGUUCCGGGCCUCCCAAGGGCACUGGCCUCCAUCGCUAUGUCUGGCUGGUGUACCAGCAGGACAAGCCACUGAGAUGUGAUGAACCCAUCCUCACCAACCGGUCUGGAGACCAUCGUGGGAAGUUCAAAACCGCAGCCUUUCGCAAGAAGUAUCAUCUGGGAGCCCCGGUGGCCGGCACGUGUUACCAGGCAGAAUGGGACAGCUAUGUACCGAAGCUGUACAAACAGCUGUCUGGGAAAUAG